UACCAUGUUCAGUGCACGGUGAGCGGCUACAGCUGCUUGUCAACCUGUCCUGUGCAGAACAUACAUAACGUUACCACCUGUCAAAUUAAACAUGCGGUAUCAUUGAUUCACCUCUGCUGCACGUUGGCCUGGGACUGAUGCUGGGCGCUACAGGCAGGAAACAUGCAGCAGAAGCGCAACAUUCAGAUCAUAGAAUGGGAGGACUUGGACAAACGCAAGUUCUACUCCUUUGGACUGUUCAUGACCAUGACCAUCCGUGCCACGGUCUACCCAGCCACGCUAAUCCGCACCAGACUGCAGGUUCAGAAGGGGAAAUCUCUCUACACUGGGACCUACGAUGCCUUUCGGAAGAUUCUCAGAACUGAGGGUCUGAGAGGACUCUACAGGGGCUUCAUGGUGACCACGUUCACACUCAUAUCAGGGCAGGCGUACAUAACCACUUAUGAACUGGUAAGGAAAUAUGUCUCCAGCUACUCUAAAGACAAUACGCUCAAGUCUUUAGUGGCGGGAGGCUCAGCAUCCCUGGUGGCCCAAAGCAUUACUGUUCCCAUAGAUGUCGUUUCACAGCAGCUCAUGAUGCAGGGCCAGGGGGAGCAUCUGACCCGCUUUAAAGUUAAACCCAAAACACUAUCGGGAGCAAAGCAGUCUUUGUUUUUCGGCCAGACGAGAGACAUUAUUGGGCAGAUAUUUGCAGCAGAUGGCAUUCGUGGGUUCUACCGAGGUUAUGUGGCAUCUCUUCUCACAUACAUCCCCAACAGUGCUGUUUGGUGGCCCUUUUACCACUUCUAUGCAGAACAGUUGUCUAAAAUGGCUCCCAGUAACUGCCCUCAUCUGGUGCUUCAGGCAAUGGCUGGACCUCUAGCAGCUGCCACUGCCUCCACUGUCACCAACCCCAUGGAUGUCAUCAGGGCUCGGGUUCAGGUGGAGGGCCGGACAUCAGUCAUCGAGACCUUUAACCAGCUGAUCAGAGAAGAAGGCUUCUGGGGCUUGACCAAAGGCCUCUCUGCUCGCAUCAUAUCUUCUGCACCCACAGCAAUAGUCAUGGUGGUUGGUUAUGAAACACUCAAAAAACUCAGCUUACGCCCAGAGCUCGUUGACUCCCGACACUGGUAAAAAAAAAACUACAGUGUCUUUUAUAUUCCCUGACACUCUUCCACUCCACCUUCUUGUUCAUUUUUGCCUUUAAAUCUCCUGCCUUGUGAUGCUUCAGAGUGACACUGCUGAUUGCUUGUGGGUGAUGGUGGAUUUCUUUUUUAGCUAUUAGGAACACUGCAGCUUUUAAGCUGUUUGAUACUGGAGAAAAAUGCUGCUCAGGUUUGUAAUCGGUGUAAGAGGCACAAAUGUUUUCGUAAAAGAAUUUUUAAAGACGUACGUGAUCUAACAGAUUGAAUGUUUCCGAAAUAAGGGUUUUUAGUAGAGUGUUAGUGACUAAUUUAUUGUGUAAGUGGUAUUUUAAAUGUCUUUAAAUGGCUUAUUGUAGAAUAUGACAACAUUUCUUUUAAUAUAUUUAAUUUGCAGAGUUCACUUUACCAGCCUAUCCCCACAGUGUCUUUUUAUCAGUAGUAGUGCUGUUUGUCAUACUGUAUUCCUUUUAAAUGUAUGUAACUAGAUCUUCCUCUGUGCACCUUCUGAAUGUGUGUGUUUUUUUGGUGUUGGGAUGUUCUGUUGCCAAAGCUGAGUGAAUAUUCAAGGAAAAUCUGAUAAUAAUUUGUUGCUGACGAUGCUGACAACUCACACUGAUUGUAAAUAUAACAGAUCAUAUAUGUGUGAAUCAUAUUUUCUCAUUUCCAAACAAAAAAAAAUUGUCAUCUCUGUAUGAAUUCUUAAGUCUCUAGCACCAAUUCAUCUACAAAUACCAUUCAAAUUUUACCAGAAUGUUUUAUCAGUGUUACAGGAUCUCUUGGAAAUGGUAAGACCAAUGUAACAAUACAACCACCUUGGGCAGGUAUUAUUUCAUACCAGGAUAUUGUGUUACUAGAAAAAAAAAAACAGAAAUAUAGAAAAUAACACUCUUUAAAGCAGGGGUCACCAAUCUCGGUCCUGGAGGGCCGGUGUCCCUGCAGAGUUUAGCUCCAACUUGCCUUAACACACCUGCCUGGAUGUUUCAAGUAUACCUAGUAAGACCUUGAUUAGCUUGUUCGGGUGUGUUUGAUUAGAGUUAGGGCUAAAAUCUGUAGGGCACCGGUCCUCCAGGAACAAGUUUGGUGACCCCUGCUUUAGAGCAAAGAUGGCCAAACUAGGGCCCAUGGUAACCUUUGAUUUGGCCUGCCAUCCCAUCUGAGAAGAAAGGGAGAAGGUUGGGGCAAAUGCCUUUAACUGAGAUCAUCAUUUCUAAUUUAACAUAACCUUUUGUUUGUUUAUUUCUUUCAUUGUUGAGCUACAAAAAUGCAAACUGAAUUAAAUGUGCAUAAAUCAGAUCUUUACAAAUGUAAAAACUCUCACUCGAAGACAGAACAAUGCACAUCGAUGAGCAAAUCAAUAAAAAGUUCAAUCAUAUUAAUAAUUUA